GCCCCGGGAGCCUGCGCGCCGAGACCCCUGCGUGUCUGCGAACAGACCUCCAGCCUCGGGCCGUCACCCCGGGACCCCGGGCAGACGCUGCAGCCCCUGUCCUGGCCUCUUGCCUGCUGCCCCCAUGAGAAAAACCAACAUGUGGUUCUUGGAGCGGCUUCGGGGGUCUGGGGAGAACGGAGCUGCCCGGGGCGCGGGGAGUGAGGCCGGGGACAAGGCCUCCAAGGGGCCCCUAUACAGCAAUGUGCUGACGCCCGACAAGAUCCCCGACUUUUUCAUCCCCCCCAAGCUGCCCUCGGGCCCCGUGGAGGGCGAGGGACAGGCCGCGCUGGGCCCGUCCACGUCGGAACAGAACCUGGCCUCCGCGGCCCCCCGCCAGACCCCACGGAGCCCCCGGCUGCCUGCCAAGCUGGCAGCCGAGAGCAAGAGCCUGCUGAAGGCAGCCACCCGGCACGUGAUCCAGAUCGAGAGUGCUGAGGAGUGGCCGCCCGAGGAGGCCACUGACACCGACCCCCAGGCCCAGGGCGCCAUGUCCCUGCCCUCGGUCCCCAAGGCCCAGACGUCCUACGGCUUCACCACGCUGGCCGAGAGCCCCCACACUAGGCGCAAGGAGUCUUUGUUCCACAGUGAGCACGGGGCCCUGGCCCAGGUGGGCUCCCUGGGUGCCGGGCGCCGCCGGGCAGCUGCCAAGGCCAACGGGGGUGAUGGGGGCCCCAGGGAGCCUGGCGGGGCCCUCAUGAGCCCCGGCCGCUACUUCAGUGGCGGGGAGAGCGACACGGGGUCCUCGGCCGAGUCCUCUCCCUUCGGGUCCCCUCUGCUCUCCCGCUCGGUGUCACUGCUCAAAGGCUUCGCCCAGGACAGCCAGGCCAAGGUGAGCCAGCUCCGGCACUCGGUGGGUCGCCACGGCUCCCUGUCGGCUGACGACAGCACUCCGGACACCAGCCCCGGGAGCCGGCGCCGCCUGACCCGCCGGGCACCCCCGGAACCUGGCCCCGAGUCGGGCCAGGCGCGUGGGGAGCACACGGUCCACGUGGGCCCUCGGGGCAGCGUGCGGCUGCUGGCGGAGUACCAGGCAGGCCAGGCCCGCCUGCGGGUGCGCCUGCUGGCCGCCGAGGGCCUCUACGACCGCCUGUACGAUGCCCGCAGCAUCAACUGCUGCGUGGGCCUGUGCCUGGUGCCCGGCAAGCUGCAGAAGCAGCGCAGCACCAUCAUCAAGAACAGCCGCCACCCAGUCUUCAACGAGGAUUUCUUCUUCGACGGCCUGGGGCCGGCCAGCGUCCGGAAACUGGCCCUCAGGAUCAAGGUGGUGAACAAGGGCAGCAGCCUCAAGCGGGACACGCUGCUCGGGGAGAAGGAGCUGCCCCUGACCUCCCUGCUCCCCUUCCUGUAAAGCGGGGACCUGCUCGCUGCCCACUCGGGUGCAGAGGGCAGACCCCCGUCUCUCCUCCACACCGGGUCCUGGCGGGCAGGUCCGCUGGCUUGGGCUGGGGCUGGGCGGGGAGGGGCUCACACUCAGGCUGGGCUGGGCCCUGAUGCUGCAGCUGACGUGGGUUUGCUGGGUCACCCGAUGCUGACUGGAGUAUUAUUUUUCAUGAAUUAAUUUCUUUGGAGGAGGAGGAGGAGAGGGGGCCUCAGGGGAAGAGAAAGGGCCACUUCGUGAGGCCCCUCCACAUUGCCUCGUCCCUUUCACGCAGAGUUCUAGCAGGAGGUUCUCAGGGGUCCAGGAAUCCGUGCAAGUGACAAGGCAGGGCCGUGGACGGGGAGGUCACAAGUCCCGGAGCCCACAGUCUCCUUCACUGCACGCGUGUCUUCCUCCCCCGCAGCCUGCCGCCAUCCAGUUCCCACCCUGCAGAGAGCAGGGCCUCACGGCAACACCAGGCCCAGGUCCAGGCCCAGACUCUGCCCGAGACGCUCCCUCCAGGGGCCAGGCUGUCUCUGGGAGACCCCAGCUUCCCAGGUUCCGGUGGUGAGCGGGACCGGGCCAGGGUGCCUUGCCGAGGGUGGGCGCGGAGGGAGCAGCUGCUGCCACAGUCAGAGCAGAGGAGGUCUUGGCAGAGGUCCGCUGGGUGGAAACCACUCUCCCGUCCUGCGUUCCUCCGACACAGCUGACACUUGCUUUUUGGGUGCAGGCCUGUCUGGCCAUUUCCGCUGUGGCGCUGGAGGGUCUUGCUCAGAGAUGCCCAGAGAGCAGCCCUGUGGCCCAUCCCUCCGCGCUGGGGGCUGCCACCCGUCGCCCUUUUGUCCAGCGUCUGCAGCUGGGAGCGACACGCGGUGACUGACGGCCGUGGCUUUGACGCCGUGUGUAAAUAGGCUGUGGCUACGGCGGGUGGGUCAGAGCCCAGGAGGCAGCUGGGGGGACCCGGCUGUGGCCUUUCAUGCUGCUCGGUGGCCGCAAGGCUUCCAUUGUGUGGUUAUGUGGGUCCUUGAAUGAUUUUGGGGGGGUGGUUUCCAGCUCAGAAUGAUGCAGAAAAGACUCAAAGCAGGGGCCAGGCCAGGGCAGUGCCUGUGCCUCUCCUGGCUGCUGGUGGGCACGGGGAACCAGGGCACAUCUGUGGCAUCCCAGGACGUCCCUCAUCAGCCCGUUUGCUGCACAUUGUUCCUCUUGACCAGGGAAGGGUGGAGGAGCUGCUUCCCAGGACUGGAGGAGCAGCCGGGCCCCUGCUGCACGUUCGGUGGGACACACCUGUGAGCCCUCCAGAGAGAGAGACAGUGCAGGGCCCUUGGGGCUGGGCCCCUUCUGAGCCUGGUGUUGCAGGCGCUCUGCUCUCUCUGGAAGCUGGGGCACCCGGGGCGGGGGCUCCUCAGGCCGGGGAGGCGGGGAGGGUGCCCUGCAUGGAGAGAGACGCUCCCCGCCUUCUCUGAUGCUCACCCCUCCCAGGCCCUGUUCUCUCUGGGGUCCCCCGUUUAACAGCCCCUGCACUGUUUGAUAUCUUAGUGUCUGAGGUUGACUGUGGGUAAAUCUGUAAGACACUCGCCAAGCGUGUUUGUUUAUAAAAGCUGUUUAUAGUGCAAUAAAGGUGUUUCGGGAAUACGGGG